UAAAAUUCUUUCUAAUAAAUUUUGGUGAAACUGAGAACACUCCGUGUAUUAUAUUAGCAAUGUCAAAAUCAAGGGAUAAAACAUACUGGCACUCAUACAGACAGGUAAAAAAAAUGUCUAUACACUUAAAUCAUGUUUACAAUGCUGAGGAAUCAUGUUCCAAUACACCCAAUGCAACAGGCCAUUUGGCAGCUAUUUCUUAGGUAAUUACUUAUUGUUCUUUUAGUAUACAACAUAAAUUAAUGAACUGAGAGCUGUGUACAGAUGCUUUGUGUUUCUUUUCAGGUAAGCCAUUUGUCUGUAUUGGGUGGCCGAAACCGCGCUGAUGUGUGCCGGCGCGGUAAGCCAUUUGUCUGUAUUGGGUUGCCGAAACCGCGCUGAUGUGUGCCGGCGCAUUCUGAAGCAUUGCAUGUCAAAUGAGGUGGCCAACCAGUACAGCUGGCAUGGGAGGAAGAAAAAGGCAGUAUUUGGAAAACUUCCAUUGGCUGAUGCUGUGCAGAAAGCUGUCAUGCGGUCCUUGAAAUGCACAGCUGAAGAAGUUGAACAUGAGUGCAGGGAAUGGUUUAGAACAGCCUCUGACCGUGACGGUGGAAGAAAAAAGAGGACAGCCAAAAAAAGUGAUGAACCGUCCCAAUGAAUUUUAACUCGUCUGUGUUUGAACUUUUAAUUUAGUCUCCUGCUGCAAUUUGUUAUGAUGUAAAGGUCUCUUUGAACUUGAAAUUAAUGAUUUUACACAACUUUUCUUCUAAUAUGCAUAAUGAUGGAAGCAGUGUAUAUUUUUUUUUGUUUUUUUUUGCCUUUAUUACCUAAAUAGCUGUAACUCUGUGUGUUACUUAGGUAAACGUAACUUUUCAAUAUAUUCUUGUUCUAAUUGUUUUCAUUUGUCAUUUUUGAAGAAAACAAGUUUCAUGUAGUUUGUAUUAAUAUGUAAAACAAUUUU